GUCUCUCGCGUGCUCGCACGGGGAACAUCGCUUGCCGCGCUCUCAUCAAGGCCCAUUACGGACGGUCCCCGGGGGCUUUUCACCGACAACGUAAAAUCCUGCUUUCGCUAACGCGGGUUUCUCACCGUCGGACACGCGGACGGUGAGAAGAGAAUCGCUUCUGCGUAAAGCCCCGCGCGCGCGCGUUCAUCUAAAUGAGAGUUCCUCGCGGAUAAUACGAAAAUACUCCUCUCUCUCCUUCCUUCUCUCUGUACACCUCCUUUCUUUCCUUCUCUCCCUUUUUUAUUUACCUGUCCUCGACGCGUAUCGCGAUUAUAUACGGGCGUUUCGUAAUUAUCGGAGAAUCGACAUGGCCGACCGUUUCUGGAGACUGGCCCUGUGCUGGAUAUGCAUCGUCGGGUCUGCACGCGCCAAUGUGCAAAGUAAAGUAAGAUGCACCGAGCAGAUGAUGGAGGUGGACAUAGUGAGGAGUAGUCCGCAGGCGAAGAUAUACCUACAACAGUUCAAAGAUUUUCCAGAUGAGGCUUGCAAGCCGCAGCUUCACGACGGCGUUGCCACGUUCAAAUUGUCGCUGCUCGAACAGGACAUGCUGCGAUGCGGCAUCACGAGAGUCCUCAACAAAGUCACGGGUCAAAAGAUGUACUAUCAUCGUGUAAUAGUGGAGGAGCCGGCGGAUUCCAGCAAACACACGUUCACCGUGAAAUGCGUAAUCACCGAAGUUGUCGUGGAGCCAGAAAUCGCCAUCGCGGCCAAUCACACGGCCGUACGGCGGAGCGUUCUUCCGGCGGGCUUUCAGGAACCCGAAGUUCUCGACAUACGUGAAGAAAUUUCGGGAGCGGCGCCAGUGCCGAUUCUCGGGGUCGGAGUCCGGCAAGGUGGAACUCUGGUGACCGGAGAACUUAACGUUAGUCCCGGCACACCGUUGCAGAUGGAAAUAUUUUUGGACAAUGACUCGGCGCCGAUCUACGGGCUGCUGGUGACUUACAUGUUGGUCACCGACACGAAGUCGCAGGAGGAAACUAUAAUCAUAAACGGAUGUUCCGUCGAUCCGUACUUGUUCGAAAACUUCAACACCGUAGACGGUGACUUCCUGACGGCGAAGUUCCGAGCCUUCAAGUUUCCGGAAAGCACCUACGUCCAGUUCCGCGGUACCGUUAACGUCUGCUUGGAUAAAUGUCCGGGGAUCGAAUGCAGCAACGGCCAGGUCGGUUUCGGCAGAAAGAGACGGGCCAUUGAGAUGUCAAACACCGACAAGAACAAAUUGUUCGAGGUAACCAUGUCGACGUUCAUCAAGGUCGAUUCCGCGGAUGAUGUCAUGAUCGAUCAAGUGCUCUCGGAGUUCAUCAGGAAGGGUAGAAACAGGACGCACACAAAGGAGAGAGCGGUGAUCGCCGAGGAAGUCAAGGACCAGUCCGGUCCGACGACAAUCAGGACGCACGAGAGAGCAUUUCUCGCGGAAGAGAUCAAAGAACAGUUCAAGUACAAGGUCACCGAGGUGCUGCUCAAUUGUUCGUCGUGUAGUGCGAUGAGCAUGUGUCUCUUCUUGAUACUCCUUUGCGUUCACAAACUCUUGUAGAACGACGAAAUGUUUUUUUUCUUUACAGACGAGAUUCGUAACUGUAAAUAGUACGCAGUCUCCGAGACAAAAGUGCGACAAACAAAAUAACAAUACUAAUAACGAUCGCUUCCGAGAACGAUAGUUAACUUGCUCAAUAAUCGAAAUUUCGAUUAUGAUAACAACGGGAGUCACAUGUAUAUAUGAUAUACACAGGUGAUUACUGAUUGUAUAGGUGUGAAAAUAUAAGGAAAUUUUUGAUACUAACAAAUGUAACAUAAUUUUCAUCUUUUACAAACAAAAAAUUUGGUUUCUAAACAAAAAAUGUAAAAUUGUCGUAAAUUGUAUAAAAUAUACACACUGUGACAUUAAAAUUUAACUCAAACGUAAAAUGCGAACGAAUUCGGCAAAAUCGAGUUAAAAAUAAAAUUCAGAGAAAGCUUAAAAAGAAAGUUAAAUCUUGGCAUUAACGUAAGCACGACAUACAUAUAUCUAUAUUCAUAAAAUUUCUCCGUUCUGCGACCGCCAAAUUUUCAAUCACAACAUUUUUUCCGUUUUUAUUAUUUAUCAUUUUCUUGUGUGUAUUAUGCAUCUCGCAAGUGACGCACUUUUUAAAGCAACUGCCAAAAGAAAAUGGGCCUUUGCGAGCGGAGAAAACCGAAGAAACCUAGUCGCGCGACGAGGUGUAAUAUUGCAAUGCAAUUUAAUUAAUUAUUAAGAGUAUUACUAUUAAUUGCGUAUUCAUAUAUAUACAAACGGUAAACCGUCGUAGAACGUGGAAUCAAUUUCCUCCGUGUUAUACGAGAGUUUAUUAAACUCAGUCUAAAAUUAUUAUACUUAAAUAUAUAUAUAUAUAAGUGUAAAAUAAUUAUUGAUUAAUUAAAACGAUAGCUGACAAUUACGCUUUGACCAGUAGUUACGAUUUUCUCCCGAUUGUUUACAUAUAACUGUUUACAAAACCAUUUACAAUUAAUUACGAGAUAUAUAUACAGGAACAGGAAAGGACAAAGAAAACCUCAUUCAAGAUACAAAUAACAUCAUUUCUACCAUGAUGGUAUAAUAGUAUAAAAUGUAACAAAACAUAUAUUUGGAAUGU